UCUUCAGGGAAGUGUUUUUGUUAUUGUGUUUUGAAGAUAUUUUCGUUCUAGUGGAUUUCAAGUUUAUAAUGGAAUACACAGGUGUUAUUAAGCAAGUUUAGGCAACUGUGAAACAUUUUUGAUAAACGUGCUUGUGAAAUCCUAGACAUUCAGUUUAAAUUCGAUAUCGAAAGUCAUUGUGAAUAAUCAAGUACAUAGAAUUUUAUUUGGUGUUGGUGGUUUAUUAGUUAUGUAAUCCAAUAUUUUAUCAGUUUCAUAUCAAAACUUAAAGAUUUAGAUGAGUGAAGUGUGACUUAUUUAGUGAUAACAAGUAAAUAAACAUUGUGUAGCUUAUGUACGACACGUGGGUCUCGCGCUGAAUUAAUCGAUAGAGACGUAAGACGCGUGCGCCAGCCUCUAUCAACGAGACUAUUAUACGCCAAGGUCACUCUGCACAAACACGUGCAAUGUCGGAUUCUAUUUACACACAUGACUUUCUUCUAGAGCCAGGUUUGGAGAUCAAACAAGAGUCUCCGUUUGAGCUGGGCCCCAUGUCGGCCUCCGUGCCUAUCCCGCAGAGGCGUAAUGACCUCGGGGACUUCAACACAGACUUAGACCUGUGUCUGCAGGACAAUCUCACUGGUUCCUUCCACAAUGUCCCUAACAUGCAAUACACUAAAUUAGCAUAUGAUAAUGAUGCCUCAACAAAAACAGAAACAUUCAAAAUGGAUGAUGAUGACAUAUUCCAAGUAGACAAAGCUGAUUUAAUACUAGGUCCUACACUUGCUGAAUUAAAUGCAAAUCCCGAUACGCUAUUGGAAGACCUUAAUUUUGAUGACUUGUUGCUGCCAGAAGAGAGUGGUUACUGCAUUCAAAUUGGUGGAGCCAUGAGUGGAUCGCGCCGAGCACAAAACUCGAUGCAGCUCACCAAUCCAAUAGCUGUGGAAAGUCCGUGCAGUCCGUACAGUAGGGCCCAGCUAGCGUUUUCUCCUUCCAGCCAACAUAGUUCUGCAUCAUCAAGUUUUGCACAACCAAUGAAUCAACUGCCAGAACUGUUGCACCGUCUAGAUGGGUACAGUGGUGAGAUAGCACUAGGCCAGUCUGUGCCAGCAUCCACAGUGCUGCCCCCGUUUCCUUCCAGUUCGAAGCAACAACACUCACAGCUGUCUUCUUCAGCUCCAACACAUCUCACCAUGGAACAGAUUUGGCAACGCCGUGAGCCUCGCAAGCAUCUGUUGUCCACUAGUUCUCUAGCUGAGGCAGGUUCCAUUUCCUCAUUGUCUGGAGGUGUACUGAGUCCGGGCACAGGAGAAUUCUCCCAAGAUGAAGAUGACAGAGAUAUUGAGUCAGAUGAGGAUAGUGAUAGAUAUGAGGAUCUAUCAUCAGAUGAAUCAAAUGAUGAAUGCCCAGAAAGCAAACAGGCCCGGCAGAAUGCAAAAAAGGAGAAAUACUUCUGGCAGUACAAUGUGCAAGCUAAGGGUCCUAAAGGUCAAAGACUUAUCUUAAAGAAGAAAUCUGAGGACCCACAUGUGCUAAACAUUGUUACAGAUCCUGUCUUCAGUCCUAGUUGUAGUGUCAGGGGUAUUAAACACAGUGGUAAAGCCCGAAAAGGCGAUGGCAACGAUCUUACGCCGAACCCAAGAAAACUGUACCUUAUUGGAAAAGAAUUGGACAAUUUGGGAAAGGUUAUCAAUGACAUGAUUCCUGUCAGUGAAUUGCCCUUCAACAUAAGGCCUAAAACUAGAAAAGAGAAAAACAAACUUGCCUCUAGAGCCUGCAGAUUAAAAAAAAAGGCCCAGCAUGAGGCCAAUAAAUUAAAACUUUACGGUCUACAACAAGAACACAAACGUCUUCUUAAUGGAAUAAACCAAAUGAAACAAAUAAUAAGCAACAGAGUAACAAAUCCUCAAAGUAAUGUUGAUUGGUCUUCUCAUAUAACAAGCGUAGUCAACUCAGCUACAGAGGUGAAAAUUGCUGGGAAGACAUCGGAGUUCGUGAAUAAAAUUCUGGAUAACGUGAAAUCUGGUCACAACAAUGGGGGACUGACUGAUUUAUAAACGCUGAUGUCUGCAGAUGUAAAUAUUAAAACGAAAGGCUGUUCUAUGUACCUCCAAAGUUAUUUAGAAAGAGAAUUUUAUGUCUAUCAUAUAAAUGCUUAAUUGUCCAAGACAAUUUUAUUUUUGUAUAUGGUAAUGACAAUGGAAUUAGUCAUUAGAAAGCUUUAUAAGGCAACUAAGAGGAUUGUUACAUAAGAUAUCAUUUAUUCUUAUUAAUUACUAUUAUGCCAUAAUUAAACUUUAGUCUCUAUGAUACUUAUUAUUUAAGGUUUAAUAUUUGUUAUAAUUAUUAUGUAUACACUUGAAUUCAUCGUUAUUUCUAGUGGUAGUAACAUAUCUUUAUAAUUAGUGAUCCCUUGAACGCUAAUUGCUUUCAGUGUUUUAAUUCAUAUCUAGCUUUGCCACCAAGGGCGCGGUUUAGUGAUGAAUGCCACGCGACAUAGCGCUACAUAAUGCUAAUCAACACGUGAUGUCGCGUCUGUUUGUAAACUGGUUGACUGUAGACCGCAUAACGUAGCGUUUGUCGCUGACGGUGGACUACUCUUGAGCGCAUGUAAACUUGGCUUUCCAUAUCUAUGGCCAUGUCCAGAACAAUUUUGUCUACUAAAAAUAUAACUGUAUAACUCCGAACUUACAUGUCAUUUUAAAUUUUUAAUGAAGUAAAUAUUUAAAAAUUAGGCUUUGAUAAUAUCUGUAGGCAUCGCCAUAGGGUACUUUAAGCUAUCGUUGCUGUUGUAGAAUACUGGAAAGGCUUACUUUAUCAUUACCUACUGAAAAUUUCAGACAAAAUAUGGAAUGGUAUCUUUUGAAAGGUGAUUAAUGAUUAUAAUCUAUUUAUUAGAGUAGUGCUAAACAACUUUUAUUGCUUUGAUGCCUGUUUAAAAUUGUGUACUUUGUAAUCAUUUAAAUACUUUUAAGACUAAUUAUUAAUUUAUCCAUAAAAUGAGAUAAUUAUUAAACGCAAUAUAUAUAUUUUUAAAUUUAAAACUCGUAUAUUUAUUGAAGAUUGUUGGCUAUUAGUUAUUUAAUAUAUUGGUGAAGUACAAAAUUACACAGAUUUCACUUUGUUGUAAUUUAAUAUUUUUGAAUAUUAUUAUAACUUGGCUCAACUUGCCUUUUAUAAUGAUUGUUUUUAAAGGAUAUAAAUGCAUUAACUAUUUAUUUUUCUUGUUAACUACACUGUGAUAUUGAAUAUUGAUGAUGUAUUUUUAUAUAAUGACAAACAUUAACAUGUUAUAUUGAUUUAUUUUUGCGUGGAUAGACAAAAAUACGCCAUAAAUUGGACCUAUAAAUUAUCUAUGUACUACGCGCACAAAUAAAUGAAUACUUAUUUCAAACGAUAUAAUACCGAAUUUUGAUUUGUAUACAAAUUGAUUCGAAAUCAUCAAAUAUAAAUCUGAUAGAAUACAUAUUUUCUAGUAAUAUUUAAAUAUCUAGGUUAAGAAAAUAUUUUUGGGAGUCAAAUGUGUAGAAGUUGUCAACAUACACAAGUUACAUAGUAAUAUUGUCAAAAAUAUAACAAUAGCCUAAGAUAUUACAUUUUUUGGGUAGCAGUCGCAGAUGUUAUUUUAUCUGAAAUAAUAACAACUACACUUUUACUUUCUAUUUGUAAUCAUAGCUACGUCUACUACACAUGAUUACUGAGAAAUCCGUCCUAUGACUUAAAAGUUAAUAUUAUUAUUUUUAUGAGGUUGGUUAUUCCUAUUAAGGUUUUAUGAGGUUGGUUAUUCCUAUUAAGGUUUGAUUUGAAACGGAAGGUUUAUGUUUUUCGGCUUUCAUGAAAAUUUUAAAAGGAUUAUUACUUUAUAGUCCACUUCAGUAAAGUCACAUUCAGACUUUCUGACAUAAACAACAAAUAUUAAAUUAUGUACUAAAGAAAAGAACUCGAAAGUAUUAAAAUAUAGUUUAAUAUUGAAAAAAAUAUAUUUUGAUGUGAAAUCUAGUAGCUGCCUAGGUAUCAUAAAAGAUCUACUACUACAUCUAAUAAUCCAGCUGGGAACUUAUCAAUUUAAAAAACUCGUUUCGAAGUUCGAAAUGCAGCUUGUGUAUGUAGACAACUAAAUUGUGUAGUUUAGAAAAGCAUAAUAACCUAAUUAGGUAUAAUCUUACAGUUAUAAUACUGAUUGUAACAUUAGAUUAGAUCUGCAACUGUAUGUAAGACAACUGACAUACAGGGUGGAAUUUUGUAAUGCCACCUGGAAGGAAAGUACUCUUAAUAUUGUAGAUAGAUUUUUUUUUUCAAAGAAAACAUUCCUUUAUUUUUUAAAGAAAUAGAACUGCAUUCAAAGAUUUCCAAUAAUUUGCUUGCCACACCCGGGAAUCGAACCAACUAAAAUCUGUAAAAAAAUACACUCUGUAUUUUUAUUACAUCGAUCUUUAGGGUUAAGUAUAAGGAUGAAAUCUCACUAACAGACUUGAUAAAUCAAAUGAAAGGAAAACCAUGAAAUCUUAAAUUAUUUUAAUUAGUUAUGUACAGAAAAUUAUAAGGUAUGGUAUUAAAUUCGAAAAAUUGUCGAAACACUUUGAAUGCAGUUCUCUUUCUUUUCAAAAAUAAAGGAAUGUUUUCUUUCAGUUCAAUUUUCUAUCUACAGCAGUGGUUCCCAAAGUUGUCUGGGCUACGACUCAUCUAAUACAAGUUCCCAAACUCGGGAUCCACCUAUAGGAAAUUUCGUCCGCUGCCCAGAGGUUGGAUCGGUAGGGUGGUGUGUCGUUCUACAGACAGGGCCCACUCAAUGUUCGCUCGCGACCCACCAGUGGGUCGCGACCCACAGUUUGGGAAACACUGAUCUACAAUAUUAAGAGUACUUUCCCUCCAGGUGGCAUUACAAAAUUCCACCUUGUUUAUACAGGGUGUCCCGUAAUGUAACGUCAAGCCGGAACUGGGUGUUGAGGCAAGUUGUGCUGGUUAUCAGAAAAAUAUAAAAAAAAAUCUAUGUGGCAUAUUUUAAAAAUAAUAGGUAUUUAAAAAAAAUCAAAAAAUUCUACUCCAGGUGACGGUCCUUUUACUCGUGUUGCCACAAAUCUUCACUUUUUCCAAUUUUUUUUUUGUUAUGUAACCCUGAAUAAUGCUUCUCUAAAUUGUUAUCAAAAUUACAAAACCAGCUGCUCCAACUUGGAUGAAAAAAAUACAUAAUUCCCAAAAAAAAUAUCAAAAUAAAAAUUUUGCCUAGUUUAAACUGACUGUACUGAAAAAAAAUUGUACUACGCGAGUAUGGCAAGUGACGUCAUAAUUUGGCGCAUUUAGUAAGGAUUCCAAAAUGGUAUAACACUUUGUAAAAUCUUGCUGUAAUUGUCGACAAUUUUUGUUUAUUGGAAAUAAUCCCGUUUUUAACUUUAUCUACCUUGGUUAAAAAUAUUAUUCUAAUGUGCCCAAAAUUCAAGUUUCUGGCUUAAGUGAGGUGGAGAAGCCAUUUUAAAAGGUAUGAGCGGGACGGAGAGGGCCAUCUUACCAAGCAGGGAUGUUAUGGAUAUCCGUAACCGUAACCGAAACUAUCGGAUAUCCGAAAUAAAAAAAUGUCCAUAACCGUAACCGAAACUGAUUCAAAAGUUACGGAUAGUUUCGGAUAAAGGCCAAACUGCAAAAUUCUAUGAAAUUUGCAGUAUACACGCCGCAACUGCAAUGCCGCGCUGCCGAUUUCAUAGUUUUGCAGUUUGCGGUUGCAGUUUGCGGUCUGCGGCCCGUCUUGGAAUUGUACCUUAAAUCUUAUUAGUUACCAACUUGUCUGGCAUUCGCUGGCACCAUCUAAUAUGCCAGCCUGUUUUACCUUUAUCAUACAUAGGUGUCGUCUUAGUUGGUACAUAAAGUAGCUAUGUGGGUCACGCAGCAUCUUGCUAUUUGUAUUAUACCUACAUUUUUGAAAUUCUAAUAAUUCCGUAACCGAAAUUAUCCGAGACUUUCGGAUAAUCUGAAAUGAUUUCAUAUCCGUGACCGUAACCGAAACCGGUAUAAUAUUAUUCUAAUAUCCGUAACCGUAUCCAUAACCGAAACUUCAUAUCCUUAUUAUCCUUAUUAUCCCUGUUACCAAGUACAAGUGCAGGCAGAGCAGGUAGUAAAGGGGCGCGCACACGGGUGACUUUUGUCACAGUAUGUCAACUACUAAUUACUGUCAUGGUGACAAAAGUUUCUGUGACUGACUGUACGGUAGUCAGUCACAGAAACUUGAAUUUUGGGCACAUUAGAAUAAUAAUUUUUAACCAAGGUAGAUAAAGUUAAAAACGGGACUAUUUCCAAAAAACCAAAAAUUGUCGACAAUUACAGCAAAAAUUUACCAAGUGUUAUACCAUUUUGGAAUCCUUACUAAAUGCGCCAAAUUAUGACGUCACUUGCCACACUCGCGCAGUACAUUUUUUUUUUAGUACAGUCAGUUUAAACUAGGCAAAAUUUUUAUUUUGAAAAUUUUUUUGGGAAUAAUGUAUUUUUUUCAUCCAACCUGGAGCAGCUGGUUUUGUAAUUUUGAUAACAAUUUAGAGAAGCAUUAUUCAGGGUUACAUAACAAAAAAAAAAUUUGGAAAAAGUGAAGAUUUGUGGCAACACGAGCAAAAGGACCGUCACCUGGAGUAGAAUUUUUUGUUUUUUUUUUAAAUGCCUAUUAUUUUUAAAAUAUGCCACAUAGAUUUUUUUUUAUAUUUUUCUGAUAACCAGCACAACUUGCCUCAACACCCAGUUCCGGCUUGACGUUACAUUACGGGACACCCUGUAUAGUUAAUAUUUUUAAUAACGUCAUUCUAAGAAAUAAAUAGUUAUCAUUUCGUUUCUCCAUUAUAUUAAAAUAAGCUAUAAUUACAUUAAUUAAACAUUUGUUUAGUUAGGGUCACUCUCUAGUUUGAAAUGAGGUAGUUAUCCUAAUAGAUAUAAGAUUUUUUUGUUAUUAUAUUUGUUUCAUUUUCGUUUGUUUCAAUUGAUUUUAUACAGGGUGUUAGGUAAAUAGGUAUAUGAGCCGACACUAGCCCAUGUUAACAUAGGCAUAUAAAUGGUAUGGUGAAGUCAGUGAUAUCAAAAUUAUUAUUUUUUUAAUUUUAAUACAAAAUAAAUUUUAUAAAAUCCGAUUUGUAUGAAAAUUAAAAUAAUUAAAAUGAAGAUAUCAAUUUUCUGACUUCACCAUACCAUUUAUAUGACCAUGUUAACAUGGGCUAGUGUCGGCUCAUAUACCCAUUUACCUAACACCCUGUAUAUGUUACGGUCAAAGUGAUAAAUGUGAAAAUUAUGAAUAAUCGCCGGUUAUUAUGAAUAAUUACCGCAUGAUUUGGUAAAUGUGAUUAAUAUGAGAUCAUUUAUGUGUGUAUAAAACUAAAUAGGCGGCUUAGGGGUGGCCCAAGGGCCACCCCCGCCGCACCUUGACCUAUUUUUCAAGUUAAAUCAAAACAAUAUGUUAUGGGCUUUAUGGCAAAGUAAUGUUACGCAAGAAACAGUCCAAACUCAUUAUGCCAAAUUAUAUUAAUAUAUGAUAUCAAAACAUUCAAAAUGUGUGGCUGUACACAAGCACUAUACAUGAGCCAUUGUUAAUUUAUGAUAUUUCAUAGUACUAAGGUUACAUUAUUAAAUAAUCACUGAUAAAUGUAAUUCAUUUAUUACUUUUACCUCAAUUGUCGUUAAUUAUUCAUAAUAACCGGCGACUAUUCAUAAUUUUCAAUUUAUCACAUUUACCGUAACAUAUAUAAAAGAAUAAGUUAGCUUAGUGGUACUCCUUUACACUGCGUAUAGGUAAAAAAUAAUGUGAUAAGUUACAAGUAUGCAUUUCGCCAUAUUUUUUACGCUUUUCUAUUUUUUUCAAGUUUAUUAAGACACCAAUCAAUUCUUUUUGCCAGGGGUAACAAUGACAAUAUUUCAGGCUCAGUCUAAGGACUCAGAUGUAACAUUUGAUAUAAAGUAAUUCUUUAUCGUCAAUGGCAAUAAUAAAUAUUUUUUUGUUAAAAUUAAAAGUGCACUCAACACAACACAACAGUACCAUUGAGAAUGUUGUCACCAAACUGAAUAUUACUGGUCUGCGAUUCAAUAGGCUGUGCUAAUUUGUGUGAAUUAAUUUUCAUAUUAUGUUGAUUUUUUAAAUUUGUAAAUAAAAUAAGAUGUAGUAUUUUUAAUAUAAUAAUAAAUAAAUAAAAUAUUAUACACACAAAAGUAUUUUUUUAGAAAUAAUCAAACAUGUAUAAACAAAUUAGAGUUCAUUAGUAGUUUCAUCCCAUAAUGUACGUAUUAUUUCUGUUACAAAAUGUUAAUAAUUUUCAAUGGCUAAUUUCCAGCAAAUAUUUGUUAUCAUUGCUCCCAAUAAAGUGAAAUUUGUUUACUACUUGUUUGGUUGUUUUUAAAUUAAUACAGUUUAUUCACAUUUUGAUUUGUAUGAUGGAAUAUCGCCAAUUGCAGUAAUAUCUAUACUCUAUAAAUAUAAUCAUUAAUUCACGAUGGUUUGGUAAUUAGUAUUUAUGUUACGGUAAAUGUGAAAAUUAUGAAUAGUUACCGGUUAUUAUGAAUAAUUACCUUGUAAUUUGGUAAAUGUGAUUAAUAUGAGUCACUUUUAAAAACUGAAUAGUCGGCCAAAUUAUAUUCAAUUAUGAUAUCAAAACGUUCAAAAUGUGUGGCUGUACAUGAGCGCUGUACACGAACCAGUGUUCUCUUUAUGAUAUUUAUUGUUAGUACUACUAAGGUGACAUUAUUAAAUAAUCACUGGUAAAUGUGAUUAAUUUAUUACUCUUACUGUCGGUAAUUAUUAAUAAUUUUCAAUUUAUCACAUUUACCGUAACAUUUAUAUGACCUUAUCGAAAGUUUUCUUACUAUUUGACAAACGUGCUUGCCCAUUGCCCAUGUUUGAAAUUCUGUAACAUAAGUUGGAGUCAUUUGAGAUUGUGUUUCUAAUUUACUUUAAAAAAAAAGUGAUUAACCACGCGGAAUUUUAGCGCGGAGACAACACAGAACCAUGUUAGUUACAUCGACAUGGAUUUCUUUGUACUUUGUGUGGACUGUGGUGGAACGAGAGACGUACCACCUACCACUCAAAUCCUUUUUCAAAUCAAGUUUAAGUUGUAGAAUUAGCGUUUAGCGGCCACCCGCGACUUCGUACACGUGGAUCCCGCUUUAUCCCCUUAGGGGUGGAGUUGCGUAAAAUCCUUUCUUAGGCGAACUGAAACUGUAAGGACAGCAAUGACAGCAUGCCAAGAGUCUGGUUUAUCCCUUGAACCUAUAUUAUAAAGAUUAUUAUGUCAGUCCAGAAGCUAUUUACAUAUUUAUAAAUUACUAGCUGACCCGGCGAACUUCGUACCGCCUUAGCGUAGAGAUUUUCUAUAUAUUGUUUUCCGUAAAAACCUUGUACAGAGUAUUAGAAAACUACAAAAAAAAAUCAGCCAAAUCGGUCAAGCCGUUUUCAUGUUAUGUCGUGACAACGGAAAACGGGUUUCAUUUUUAUAUACAGUGUGAGUCACGUUAAAGUGUACAUAUGAAAAUAGAUGAAACUAGACCUAUUUUUAUCGACAAAAAAGAGGUCAAAAUUUUUUUGAGAUUUUUUUAAAAAUUUUUAUAGAAUUUUUUUUCUUCAAAUUACUUAUUGUAAAGAAAACGUAAUAACUUUUAAACUAGGCAGUAUAUCCUGAUAAAAUAAAAACAGUAAUAAUGCUAAAUAACAGGCGAUACUAAAAAAAUACAUAAAAUACACAAAAAAUGCCAACAAAUAAUAAAAAAUGAUACUUUUUGAAAAAAAUCUGCUUAAAAAUUCGUGUUUUUUUGGUUAUUUUAUAAAUUUUUCCAAAAAACGCCCCUAUAACCUGUGGUUUUUAUUACUUUGUAUUAUUUUCUAUCGUAUUAUCUUUGUAAAACCAAAAAUCGCAUGUCUCUAUCCCUAUCACAACAUUUGCUAUGAUCGUUUGAACAAAGGCCUGCCACAACAUUAUUCUCCGCUACAGGUAGAGACAAUUUUAAUUUUAACUAAAAUGCUCAUUUUACUUCGAAAUCUUUUGUUUUUAUUUGAAAUCUAACUUGUCUUUAUCAAAAUUACAAAUCUAGAGCCAUUUUCAGUUUUGUUGUUAACGAAGCGUUGAAUGGCGCGCCCGGAGAGGCUUAGUUCAAACGAUCAUUGCAAACGUUGUGAUAGGGAUAGAGACAUGCGAUUUUUCGUUUUACGAAGGUAAUACGAUAGAGAAUAAUACAAAGUAAUAAAAACUACCGGUUAUAAGGGCAUUUUUUGGAGAAAUUUAUCAAAUAACCAAAAAAACACGAAUUUUUAAGCGGAUUUUUUUCAAAAAGUAUAUUUUUUUUAUUAUUUGUUGGCCUUUUUUGUGUAUUUUAUGUAUUUUUUUAGUAUUGCCUGUUUUUUAGCAUUAUUACUGUUUUUAUUUUAUCAAGAUAUACCGCUUAGUUUAAAAGUUAUUAUGUUUUCUUUACAAUAAGUAAUUGGAAGAAAAAAAAAUCUAUAAAAAAUUAAAAAAAAAUCUCAAAAUUUUUUUGACCUCUUUUUUGUCGAUAAAAAUAGGUCUAGUUUCAUCUAUUUUCAUAUGUACACUUUAACGUGACUCACACUGUAUAUAGAAAAUCAUGCCUUUUAUCUAAGCCUUUUAUAAAAUACAAUGGGCUCUGGGAUAAGACUUCAAAUUUUGAAGUCUCAUUAACUUUAUUAAUUUACUAUUCAUAACUUGUGAUAUGGCGCCACCAUCCACAUUAUUAUGUUUUGAUGUGUGUUGAUUUUUUAAUAAAUCUUUAAGACAGUCGAA